AUGUCUAUAAACUUUCCACCUGUAGGUAGAGAAGUCCCCAAAAGCUGGCAAGGGACAUUAAACAUCACUUACAAACUUGGAGAUGGCGGCCUGAAGAACAACACAGUAAAAAUAACAGUCAAUGUCCCUAAUAAACGACAGGAUGUGUACAAUGUCAUAGGCACUAUAUAUGGCAAAGAGGAGCCGGAUAGAUGGGUGUUGAUAGGGAAUCACAGGGAUGCUUGGGGAUUUGGAGCGGUAGAUGCAUCUAGUGGGACGUCGGCCAUGAUGGAGAUUUCUCGUGGUCUGGGCGAACUUUUGAAGCAAGGUAUUGAGGAAGAGAUGAAAGUCUUCAUAUAACACAUAUCUUUAUAUUAGGAUUAGACUUUUCAACUCCCAAGAAAUGGUGAUUAUCAUUAUCCUGAUUAUCGAGGAUAUUAUUAUUAUCACCAUCAUCAUCACCAUACUAAUUAUCAUCAUCACCACCACCAAGGUAUUGAGGAAGAGAUAAAAGUAUUCACAUAAGACAUAUCUUUAUAUUAGGAUUAGACUUUUCAACUCGUUAUCGUUAUCCUGAUUAUCGAGGAUAUUAAUAUUUUCACCAUUACCACAAUCGGCAUCAUCAGUAUCCGAACCAUGACCAUCACCAGUAUCCCAAUCAUCACCACCAUAUAUAACCAUCACCAUAAUCAUUACCAACACCAUUUCCAUCAUUACCACCACCACCACCACCAUAAUUUACUGCGGCCAUCAUCACCAAUACACAUCUCCUCAUCGUUUAAAGGUUGGCGCCCAAGACGUACCAUCAAAUUCUGCAGUUGGGCAGCAGAGGAAGCAGGCCUUAUUGGCUCAACAGAAUGGGUAGAAAAAAACGAACGAGCGUUAUCAACAAAAGCUGUCACUUACAUAAACAUCGACUCAGCUGUCUAUGGGAACUUCACCUUCCAAGUGUACGGCUCCCCCCUGCUAAAGACUCCAAUCGCAGAGAAUGUAAAGCAAGUCAGAGAUCCGCACGGGGGAAAUGUAUACGCACAAAUGAUUAAAGCAAAAAAGAAAUUUACUUACAGGAACUUGGGAUCCGGCUCGGAUUAUGCAAGUUUUUAUCAAUUUGUUGGUACGUUUCAUUUUAUUCCUUCUUGGAGGUGUGCGAGAGUGGUUAGUGCAUGUUUCACUUUCUUGACGCUUACGAAACCACAAUGGAUCAACAAGGCAUUGAUUUUCUUACUGGGCCUUUAGCACUGAUAACGUUAGUAAUAUCAUAGUUGCCUCGAAAUCCUUUGUCUCGCGAGGUACGAUUAAUCACUAAUUUUGCCCGUGGUAAAAUUAGUUCUAAUUUUCCCCUGCAUGCUUGAUGAGGGUAUUUAGAAGACAAACGCGUACCUCAUUACCUCUGAUUGGAGAGCUGUACCUCAUCGAAAAUCAUCGGCACAACUAUGGACAGUAUCUGACGACACCGUCCCGUACACAUUCAAACAAUCACUUUGCCAGCUUUUAUUCCCUAAUCUUGAACAUUUCAAUUGUGGGAGAAAAUUCCGUUUAUGCGCAUGCCUAAAACGAAUGAACACGGAGAUGUGUUUCUGCGCGUGCGUAUAUAUGAAAAAUGUUCGUACCACAAUCAUAAGACAAUCAAACAGGAUUCAAAACAGGCAACACACCACGCGCGACUCCCUCGGCAACUAUGAUAUUACAAAGUAAUAGCAUGGCAUUACGGUCGAUUAGUGAUGAAAUGUCCCUCAAGGCUCAAGCCUCGAGAGGUUUAGUAAAAGUCCCUCGGCGCUCUCGGCUUUCGGGUACAUUUAAUCACUAAUCGCCCUGAAUGCUAUGCUAUUACUUAUAAUAAUUCCUAGGUUCCCAGCUGUAGUAAAAAUAGACCAAAGAAGGGUGAUCGUCAGUAAUCUUGUAUGAAGAACAAGAAUAACUGGAUGAUAAUAUAUGUGUAUAUUAUUAGCAUUGAUGAAGAUCCGGGCUUACGGAUCGAAAGCUUUGCAGUAAUAAAUUUACGUGGUGUGUCCACAAACAAAAAGUAUUAUAAAUUUAGUUUAGUUUUAUAAGGUUUCCUCUUGUAGGCAGAUGUACUAACACUGAAGCAAUAAGGAAUGCUCUUACCGGAUCUCUAGGAAGGACAGUUUGUAAGUGAUAAAGCUAUCCAGUAUAAAUAACGUUAGUUUAGUUCUGUCAACUAAACAGCUUUCAUGUUUCACAGGAGUGCCAUCCUUGCACAUGCGUUAUGCUGGGAGAGUGUACUAUCCUGUCUACCACACCGUCCACGACACGUAUAAAUGGCUUCAAGGUCUAAUUGACCCUAAGUUUGAAUAUCAUCUAACCACGGCCAGAGUUGCUUCGAAAAUCCUCCUGUCUACAGCAGAUAGCUUCGUGCUGCCCCUAGAUGUGACAGAGUAUGUAAAAUCCCUGGAUAGCUCUCUUGAAGCGUUGAAGAAACAUUAUGGCGCUGAACUUCAAAAGAAUAAUGUCACCUUGAAGUACAUUGAGGACGCAAUUAAAAAGUAAGAUUUGAUAAAAAUAUUCUUACACUUUACAACAGUCUGGAAAGAAGUGAAUAAGUAUAAAUAAAUAAAGAUAGGUUAAACGCCAGUCAGGCGAGGAUGAGCCGAUGCGGAAAAUUGCAGCUCUUGCCCGACCUCCAUCAGCAUUCACAAGAUUCAUCUUUCUUUGUCUACAGAUUCAAACACGAAGCAACAAAAUUCCAAGCUGAGAAAGACAAAGCUAUCGACGAGAAGGAGGACAUCAAACUUCGAGCCCUGAACGACAGAAUGGUCAACGUCGAAAAAGCCUUCAUCACCGCGCCUGGUCUACCUAACCGACCAAUGACAAGGCACGUUAUAUUCGCACCUUCAGUCAACAAUGCAUAUGGUAGCACCAGCUUCCCUGGAAUUUCAGAUCUUGUUGCAAAACAAAAUAAGACGAAUCAGGAUUGGCUGGAUAUUAAGAAGCAAACAUCCAUCGCGUUUAGAGCGAUUUCGGAGGCAACUGACACUCUGAAAGCUGACGCGAAUUAG